UUUGGUUAUGCCAUUAUGCAUUAUUAUAUGCUGUGCUGAUGCUACCCUUUUGUUCGCUGUGUAAUUUAUAACAUUAUAGAAAGUCUGCUCAAAGUAGCAAUGUUUUUUUAAAUGAUUCAAUAGUUCAUACUUACAAAGAAUGAAAAUUUUGCCAGUCAGUAGUUCUAUUUUGUUCCCCAAGAUCCAUCCUUUCAAAUCUUAUUUCUUUACUUCGUGUGCAGGUAUGGAAGGAAUUUUCCCUUCAUUCAGAUUUUUAAAAUGGACCUGGACUCCGCAAAUUUAAUUGAGCCAUCCCUUGACUUUGGCACUUGUCAACCCUUUGAGCCCCUCAACACAGCAUGGAUUACUACUCUUCAUAUAUUUUUCACUAUUGCCAUGGAAGUAGUCAGUAUUUUUCUUGGAUUUGAAGUUUACAAUAAAACUUUAUCAUGUGAUCCUGUCCUCUUUAUUCUCCUCUUCAUUCACUCAGCUUACUGGCUUGUUUCAUGGAUGACCAACUUUUUUUUCAAACGCAUUCAUCUCAGAACCAAGCGAGAUGGCUACUUUGAAUUUUUUCAAGUAGCUGACAAAUAUGCCUCCAAGCCACAUAAAAUCAUCUCACUUUGGAAUCCUGUGUACAUGGUUUUCAUUGGUAUUUAUGGUGUGGAGGGUAUCUCUCCCAGACCGUAUUGUGACAAGUACUUCCCAUUGUCUCUUUUCAAUUUUGUCUUCAUUUUAUUGACAUUGGAAUGUGUACUGGUUAUUUACUACCUCUCAAUAUACUCACUAAAAGUUAAAGAUUUCAACAGACGGAGACCUCCCAGGGACAUUGAAUACAAUUGUAGUUGGAGAUUAAAUGAACAUUUCCCAACUUCAGAACUUGGUCUUAGAGAAAGGUGGGAAUUGGUGGAAAAUCUUCUGGAAAAACAAGCAGAUGUCAUUAUGCAUUUUCUACAUUCUAACAAGAAACUAAACCAAAGGAUACUCGAGCUGACAAAUCAAAAAGAAACAAAUACAGCCUAGUCUAACCCCCUCUCUCAUUUAUUUUAAUGGUUGACUGGACCUUUUAUUCUAAAAUCUUGAUAUACUUUUUCCUUCAUGAUUGAAGAUGUUAACUGCUCUUUAAAGCAGUACUGUUAAAUACCCUGUAAAUAUAUGUGUACAUAAAUAGAUUUAACAACUGUUAUUUUAUCAGCAUU